AUGCCACAAGGCACUUAUAUCUCGUUGGAACUAAAGAAAGCUUUUUUUCGUGUUAUUACAUUUGUUGAAAAUGAAAAACAUGGAGCACAGAUUCCUCUUAACAAUUGUAAUGCUCGACUUGUAGCUAUGCUAGGAAUUUCAGAAGCUUCCUUGCUACGCUUGAAAAAGGAAAUGAGAACAUCACAAGUUGCUAAGGAAGAAAUUCAACCACACCGCCUUCGUUCACUCUCAAAAGCCGGACGGCGAUCAAGACGAAAAGCACGAUCUUCUUCUUCGGGAUUAGCACUGAUAAGAGAUGCAGCUCCAGAGCCCCAAUCUCCAAAACAAAGACCGGGUCGAGUACCUGUGCGCUUAUCUGAAGAAGCUGAUAGUGAAAUUAGAUAUCAAUUCCAAUUAUUAUUAAGUGAAAAAAUUUAUCCAACAACAACCAACCUUCUUCAGAGAUUACACGCUGCACACCAUGAUUUUCCUAUUCGAUCUAAAACAACUCUGCGCCGAAAUCUUUAUCGAAUUGGAUUUAGUUACAAAUCGACGAAAAAUAUAAAAAUUCCACUUGAUCAUGUUUCGUUUGUUGCUCAGCGUGCAAUAUAUUAUCGGAAAAUCGAUGAAUUAAGAGCGGCAGAUUCGCUUAUUUUUUAUCACGACGAAAGUUGGUUAAACAUUGGUGAGGAAAAACAAUCUAUUUGGGUUGACAGGAAUCGCAUCGCCAUCUCAGCAAUUAUGAGCAUUAAUGGUUUUCAUUUACCAUCUGUUGAUAUUUUUUCAUUCUCGAAACUUCAUUCCGUUAAUGCUGAAUAUUUUCUUAAUUGGAUUGAAAAAACAGCAUUUCGUCUUCGAGAGGAUAAUGGUCCAUAUAGACGUAUCUGCAUCAUUGUGGAUAAUGCUCCUUGGCAUUGUGAACUUGAAGAUGAAUCUAAACCAGCACAACGAUCCUGGACAAAGGAAAAAAUUUAA